AUGGUGCCGCUCCGCUUAUACCGCCACCUGAUCCCGCAGCUGGCAGCUGCAGCCAGGUCGCCCUCCUGCGCUCCCCGCCCGAUCUCCCGGCUGCCGGCCCUCGCAAUGGCGGCCUACGGCACCGGUGCUUGCGCCGACAGCAAGCUCCUCUUCAGGCAGCUGUUCGAGAAGGAGAGCUCCACCUACACCUACCUCCUCGCCGACGUCGGCGACCCCGAGAAGCCCGCCGUGUUGAUUGACCCUGUUGACAGAACAGUUGAUAGAGAUCUCAAUCUUAUCAAGGAAUUAGGCUUGAAGCUCAUCUACGCUAUGAAUACUCAUGUGCAUGCUGAUCACGUCACUGGAACCGGACUAAUAAAAACUAAGCUGCCAGGAGCCAAGUCUGUUAUUUCAAAAGCUAGUGGAGCAAAAGCCGACCAUUCUGUUGAGCACGGGGACAAAAUAUACUUUGGGAAGCUUUUCCUUGAGGUGCGAGCUACUCCUGGCCAUACUGCUGGCUGUGUGACUUAUGUAACAGGUGAUAGUCCUGAUCAACCCUCACCACGGAUGGCUUUCACUGGGGAUGCCUUAAUUAUACGUGCAUGCGGAAGGACAGACUUCCAGAGAAAUUCUUAUUGGCCACAGAUUUUCACUUUACCGAAGGAUACCCUGCUUUAUCCUGCCCAUGACUACAAAGGUUUCACGGUAACUACUGUCGAAGAGGAGGUUGCCUAUAAUGCCCGACUAUCAAAAGAUAAGGAAACUUUCAAGACCAUCAUGGAAAACCUGAACCUGUCUUGCCCAAAGAUGAUCGACGUCGCUGUACCCGCCAAUAUGGUUUGCGGUUUCCAGGAUCCACCAUCCAAGGCUUAUUCGGCCGCCGCGCCGUACUACGCCCAUGGCUACCAGGACGUGCAAGGUUAUAUACCUGUUGUUGAAGGAAGACCUGUGAGGAUGCGACGUCUUCCAUGCUGUGGCCUUGGCAUGGGUUGGUUUCUGUUCAUUAUUGGCUUCUUCUUUGCUGCCAUUCCGUGGUAUGUUGGAGCUUUUGUUCUGAUCUGCGUCCGAGUACAUGACUACAGGGAGAAACCAGGAUAUGUUGCUUGUACUAUUGCUGCUUCACUUGCUGCAAUUGCCAUGUUGCUUGGUGCCACAAAAGGAGCAGAGGUGUGGUGA